AUGCAAACAGCCCGGGGUAUUCACGGGGAUCUUUAUAUGCGGUCCAUUAGCAGCAUUCAAUGGUUUUUCAACAACGCGGUGGAUGAGGACGAGGGUCUCCAUUGCCUGGUGUUAGAGCACUCCCGGUUUGAUAACGAUGGUCCUUUUCUGACCGCGGCUCAGCAUGCCGGUUUCGCAGCCCCUCCUGAGGGUUCAAUGGAGCCACCCCUCCAUCGUCGGAUGUUGGCACUAUCGACCGCCUUUCCUCAUCGUGAUGGUUCUGGAAGGUGGGACGAUGUUGUCCCCGCCAUCCCUAGUCUUGACCAGUCGAUGGUUGUAUGGGAGCAGUUAAUGCUGGAGUACUUUCACCACAUAACUGAUACCCCAAUGUCUGUUCCAGUGCCAUCGAACGAACCUCCCUCUGCUGACUCUCCGACCUCCCCUUCUCCCCCUCCUCCUUCUCCCAGUCUUCCUCCCCUCUUUGGUUCAGUAGCAGAUCUAGCCAUUGAUCUUACUGGGGGUCACGACAAAUUGUACGAGCUGGAGGAAUCGUGUCGUGCUCGGGUCUCUGAGGCGGAUGGGAUGGAUGCUGUCCCAAAGGAGCAACCGUUGUAG